GUUCAUGCCAGUUUGAACAUUAACUUCUCUCGAUUUCGACUCCCAAACCCCUCCCUCGCCUCAGAGAUCAUCUUCGACUUUCCCCUCCACCAAUCAUCAACUCGCGUUGUUCUUCCCAAAUCAAACAGAUUCCGAGCUUCUCAUCAUCGAUACGAGCUCGAAUCUAUUCGUAUUGCGCGGUAAUUGCGGCUUCUGUGUUUGAGUUUAAUGCAGAUGAAGGGAGGGGAGUGGACGUAAAUCCCAUGUCUCUAACAUGCACCGCCUGAGUACGUCCGGCUUCCACAAAAGAGGGCCGCUGCUAGAGGUUAUUGGAGAAGAGGAUAUGUCGAAUCUAGUGGUGACGAUGAGGAGAGACACGAUUGCGGCAUGCAUGACAUGCCCUCUUUGCCGUAAGCUCUUCAGAGAUGCCACCACUAUCUCCGAAUGCCUCCAUACGUUUUGCAGGAAGUGCAUUUAUAAGAAGCUUCAAGAUGAGGAGACGGAUUGUUGCCCAAUAUGCAACAUUGAUUUAGGUUGUGUCCCGGUUGAGAAACUGAGAGCGGAUCAUAGUUUGCAAGAUGUAAGGGCAAAGAUCUUCCCUUAUAAGAGGCAGAAGGUGAAGGCGCCUGAAAUUGUACCUUCAGUUUCAUUACCAGUGAGGAGAAAGGAAAGAUCUCUUUCUUCAUUAGUGGUUAGUACACCCAGAGUUUCUACCCACACUGGUAUGACAGGAAGACGGUCAAAAUCCAUUGCAAGAAAAUCAUUACGAGGUUCCAAUUUUUCAAUUGAGAAGCCUAUCAAGAAUGAGGAAGGUUCAAGUGAAGAUCGGCCUGAUGGCUCUAGCUCACCAGAGACCUUGAACAAGUUCGCCCAGAAUAUAAGACAGAACUCUUCUAAUGCUGAGCCAUCUAGCCAUCAUAAGCCUGAUAAAGAAACAGAGAAUGGUUCAGAACAGUGGGAAGGGAAAGUUGAUUUAUGGAAGCCCCUAACUUGUUUGUUUGAAGCUGCAAAUAGGAGCAAGUCUUCAAGGUCUAUUUCACAAGGUUCUGUCAAAUCAGAACAUACACAUGUAGCUGACAAUGAGGGACAAACCCGCAAAGUCAAAGAGCAUGGACAUAAAUUAAAUGUUAAAGACAAAAAGAAUAACAGUGAUCAUGCUCCUCCAGAAUCAGAAAAACCUAAAAAGUCACGAAGAAUUCAAAAGAAGGCAUCAAAUUUUGGGGACUUCAAUGUUUCACCACAAGAUGUGCUUGAUGCAGCAACUCCUAUAUGUGAAAGGAGUACUCCAAUUUGGUUCUCGCUAGUGGCCUCUGCAAACCAGGAAGGAGAAGCACCCUUGCCCCAGAUUUCUGCAAGCUACUUAAGAAUAAAGGAUGGGAGCAUUCCAGUUUCAUUCAUCCAAAAGUACCUGAUAAGGAAGUUGGAUCUGAAGAGUGAGGAUGAGGUUGAAAUUAGAUGCAUGGGGAAAUCAAUCGUCCCCACAUUACAGCUGAAUAACUUAGUUGAUUUGUGGCUUCAAAUGACUACUCCUGAAAGAGUAUCUGCCACAAUCGGUUCAUCAGCCAAGGAUUUCGUGAUGGUGUUGGCAUAUGGACGUCGGGUUCCUUCUUGAAGAUACUUUUUUUUUUUUUUUUUAUUGCAUACCUUUCAGUUAUCUUUUUAGUGUUCACAGAAAGAUAUUGAGUAGCUCAUAGUGUUGUAGUGUAUUUGUAUUCUUAUUGUGCCCUAAUUUUGACGAUUUAGGGAUGCAUUUGAUAUUAUAUUGUUACUGUCAUAUUGAUAUGAAUUUGUUAUUGAAGUAAUAAACGGAGGAUUUUCUCCAUUGUAUACAUUUUGAUCACUGA